CACAGGACAGUGUCAUAUAAAAAAUGAAUUAGAGGACUCCAUAGUCGUCCCUACUUCUCUUCCGUCUCUCCCAACAAGUCUCUCUCUGAUAUAGAGACAUGCCCUAACAUUGAGCAACCAGUGUUAAAGCCCUCUCGCAUUCCGCAACCCUAAACCCUCGACACAUGGCGCAGUCGGAUAUCAGAAAGUGGUUUAUGAAGUCCCACGACAAGGCCAAUGCCUCCAAACCCGCUCCGGCUGCUCUGCCCAAACCGUCUGCAGAACCUCAAGAACAAAAGGUGCAUGGAGGUCAAGAAAGUUCCGGCAGGAGGAAAACUAGCAAGCAUUUUCCUCCAAGUAAACCAAAGCAGGAUGAAGAGGAGAAGGUACCGGUUCAAGUGCCUGCAAAGAGGAAGGCUCAGUCGGAUACUGUUGGAUCCAGCAGACCCUCGCCUGUGAAAAAAGUUCAGAAAGUUUCUGACGAUGACGAUGACGAUUUUGUUAUGCCUCAAUCUAAGAAGAAGGAAGCCACGCCUCCUAGCAAGAAACUUAAGAAUGCAUCUGGCCUAGGAAUCCCACAGAGUUUGAAGGAUGAGAAUGAAAGUGAUGAUAAUGAAGCCAAGGCUGCUGAGACUCCUUCCAAAUCUGGUGGUAGAGGCCGUGGUGGAAGAGGUAGUUCGUCGGCUGCACCAGCUGGUGGAAGAGGCAGGGGCGCUGGACGGGGUGGAUUUAUGAAUUUUGGCGAAAGGAAAGAUCCUCCACACAAAGGAGAAAAGGAGGUUCCUGAAGGUGAUCCAAACUGUUUAGCUGGUUUAACGUUUGUAAUAAGUGGCACACUUGAUAGUUUGGAAAGAGAGGAAGCAGAAGAUUUAAUAAAACGCCAUGGAGGUCGUGUAACUGGAUCUGUCAGCAAGAAAACGAGCUAUCUUUUAUGUGAUGAAGAUAUUGAGGGCAGAAAAUCUUCAAAAGCCAAAGAACUUGGGACGCCUUUCCUUACCGAGGAUGGAUUGUUUGAUAAGAUUCGGGCAUCAUUUCGUGUUAAAGCACCAGUGCAAGAAGCAAAGAAACUAGUGGAUAGUGCACGAGAGACAUCUUUGCCUAAUAAAAGCCCUAAGAAAGUAGCAUUAAAGAGUUCAUCAGAUCGCAUUGGUAGUUCCUUGGCAUGCAGGGUGUCCCCCAAACAGUUGCCUUCAGAUGCUUCUCUUGCUAGACGCAAAGAGCAGACUACUGAGCAUUCUGAUUUGACAUGGACGGAAAAAUAUAGACCAAAGGUUCCUAAUGACAUUAUUGGUAACCAGUCACUGGUAAAGCAACUUCAUGAUUGGUUGGCACAUUGGCAUGAGCAGUUCCUUCAUACUGGAACUAAGAAAAAGGGCAAUAAACCAAAUAAUCCUGGUGCUAAAAAAGCUGUUCUAUUAAGUGGAACACCUGGAAUAGGGAAGACCACGUCAGCAAAGUUGGUCAGUCAGAUGCUCGGUUUCCAGGUUAUUGAGGUAAAUGCAAGUGACAGUCGUGGGAAAGCUAAUUCCAAGAUUGGCAAGGGAAUCGAUGGAAGUACGACCAACCGUGUUAAAGAGCUUGUCACCCAAAAGUCCUUAAGCAUGGAUAACUUAAUUUGCAGAUCUAAGCAUAGUAAAUCUGUGCUGAAUUGCGGAAAAAAAUCUGUGCUGAUUAUGGAUGAGGUUGAUGGGAUGUCUGCUGGUGAUCGGGGUGGAGUUGCUGAUCUUAUUGAUAGCAUAAAGAUUUCUGAAAUUCCCAUUAUCUGCAUUUGUAAUGAUCGUUACAGUCAGAAACUGAAAAGUCUUGUGAACUACUGUAUGCUUCUCAGCUUCCGCAAACCCACUAAACAACAGAUGGCAAAGAGGUUGAAGCAAGUUGCAAAUGCUGAAGGUCUUCAAGUGAAUAAUGAGAUUGCCCUUGAGGAACUCGCAGAUAGAGUUAACGGAGACAUGCGAAUGGCACUUAACCAGUUGCAGUAUAUGAGUCUCUCGAUGUCUGUCAUAAACUAUGAAGAUGUAAGGCAACGGUUACAAAGCAGCAAAAAGGAUGAGGAUAUUUCACCAUUCACAGCUGUUGAUAAGCUGUUUGGUUUCAAUGCCGGAAAGUUGCGGAUGGAUGAGCGGGUUGACCUGAGCAUGAGUGAUCCAGAUCUAGUCCCACUUCUCAUUCAGGAAAAUUAUAUUAACUACAAGCCAAGUGCGGCUGCGAAGGAUGCCAGUGGGGUUGAACGCAUGAACUUGAUUGCCCAUGCUGCGGAGUCUAUUGGAAAUGGAGAUAUUAUUAAUGUACAAAUUAGAAAAUACCGCCAGUGGCAACUUUCCCAGAGUGGUUCUCUGUCAUCCAGCAUAAUUCCUGCUGCACUGUUGCGUGGGCAAAGGGAGACUCUUGAGCAGGGAGAAAGAAAUUUUAAUAGAUUUGGAGGUUGGUUGGGAAAGAACUCAACGCUAGGCAAAAAUACGAGGCUGUUAGAAGAUUUGCAUUUUCAUCUUCUUGCAUCUCGUGAAUCUUGUUCAGGGAGGGAGACCCUGCGAGUUGAAUACCUUCCCCUACUUCUGAAACGAUUGUCUGUGCCGCUGCGUAAAUUGUCGAAGGAUGAAGCUGUUCAGGAAGUUGUGGAGUUCAUGAAUACUUACUCCAUUAGUCAGGAUGACUAUGAUACUAUUGUAGAGUUAUCAAAAUUUCAGGGGCAUCCAAAUCCACUGGACGGCAUCCUGCCAGCUGUUAAAGCAGCUCUGACAAAAGCUUACAAAGAAGGAAGAAAUUCAAGGGUACGAGUUGCAGAGUUUGCCACAUUCCCUGGAAUGAAAAAGGCUCCUAAGAAGAGGAUAGCAGCUAUUUUAGAACCGUCUGACGAUGUACUUGUAGAGAACAAUGAUGAUACUUUGGGUCUAAGUGAAGAUGAAAAUUCAUCUGAUACAGAGGACUUGGAAGGCUCUGCUGGUGGGGAGAAGCUGCAACAGGAUCUUCAAAGUUUGAAUAAAAAAGGUAUGGAAGUUCAAUUGGAUUUGAAGGGUGCAGCAAAUAAAACUGCCAAGAGGACACCAGCUGGGAGAGGUAAAGGUGGUUCUUCUAGUGCCACUGAGAAAAAGGGUGGCCGAGGUUCAGGGUCUGGUUCUAAAAGAAAGAGGUGAGUGACGAGACAGUAUGCAACUCGAAUUCUGGUUACAUGGACCUAUGUUAAUAGAUAUUUCGUCCAUAAAAGAUUUUUGGUAGGUUACUUGGGAGGACGAGAGGUUCUUUGUUACUAGUUUUCUUUUGUAUUUUUUUUUUGUAUUAUUUUUGAAGAGACGUUUAGUGGUACAACCAUAUCUUUUCAGAUGAACAUAUGGAGUACAUUGUCUAGUUUUUUUUCUUCUAUUAUUUUGAUUUCCCACACGAAA